AUGCAGCGCUACAGCCUCGCGCAGUCGUCCUACCAGGCGUCCAACGAGUACUACAGCCGCAGCGACCGCCUGCUGGAGGUCUCCAACCGCUACCGAGGCAGCAUGGACUCGAGCCGGGACGCCGCGGCGCCUCUGCUGCCGGGCGACAACUACGGCGCCUACACGUCCAUGGCCCAGACGCGCCAGCACCAGCACCGCCAGCACCAUCGCGCUAGCAGCAGCAGCGGCAGCAGCCUCCCGGUGGUCGCGGCGGCCGCGGAGCUGGACGAGGAGGACGAGUACGCACUGCAGCUGCUGGCCUACCGGUCCAUCUACGUGCUGCAGGGCGCCUUCAUGGGCAUGCUGGGCCCCACGCUCGUCUUCUUCUCGGACCUGGCGGCCGAGCACUUCAUGAGCGACUUCGUGCUCACGUACUUUACCGAGAAGGACUUCAUGAAGCAGCUCAUCGUGGUGCUGCUGCUCUGCAGUGGGGCCUGGUACGCGUGCCUCACGCCGGUGGCCGCCGCCACGGGCAACGUGGGCGUCGGCGUCUACUUCAUCGCCAAGGGCUUCUGGACGGCGCUGCUCAACAUCACGUUAAAUCGAUGCUCGCUGUGGAUCGCUGGAGAGAAGGAUCCGCGCAGACGUGGAAUCAUCACAUCCAUGAACAUGAACUACGGGGUCGGCUGCGUGCUGGGCGCCGUCGUGGCGUUGGUACUUACGAAGCUGGACAUCGACAUGGGCUAUGCCUUCUUCGGACUGGCCAUCAUGACGGUGUUCCCCGCUGUGCUGGUCGCGAUGCUGCCGAGUCCGCACAGCUACUUCGGGCGGGACGAGCAUCAGACGCUGCUGUCUUUUGAGGACCCCACGCGCCGCGUCCCGACCGUGCCGAGCCCCAUUGUGGGCGGCGUCUUCUUGCACGCCAAGCACAUCAGCGGAGGGAAAAACUGCAAUCCCGACACGUACGACUCCAAGAACAACUUUAUUAUUCUGCUGGUGACCAUCUUCGCCACGGUGCUGUUCGGAAUCCAGCUUGGACUCGCCGCCUUCUUGUACGACUACAUCGGUACCGCCACCCAAGCAGUGUGGCAGUGUGCACUCAUGGUCCUCUUUUGGGGGUCGUUGACGGUGUCAUACAUGGUCCUGCCAGGCUUCUUGUUCCACGACAAGAACCUCUACUCUAUCGUCAUGUGCUCGGUGGUGUGCGGGGCUAGCUCUUUUGGCCUCCUCUUCGGCGCGGAAGCUGGGCUAAUCACCUUCACGGUGUGCCUCUUCUUCUUCUCGUCCGCGCUCGCGCCGCUAUUCACGUUGAGUAUCCACUGCCUGACGCGUGUGAUCAACGACCAGCUUAUCCGCCGAGUGUCGUCGCUCAUUGUGUUCGGCUGUGGCAUGGGCGAGGUCUUCAUUCCGGUGCUGAUGGGCUUCUUCAUGAGUGGCCAGAGCGGACAGGCGAACGGAGCUGUAGCCGUAAGCUACAUCGCCUUCAUCCUGGCCAUCACGCUGGUUGGCGUGAGCGGGAUGCUGCUCUGGAUGGUCAAAGCGAGACUGAAGGAGCUGCCGGAGCCCGUAGACGAGCUCGAGGGCAACAGCGAGAUGGGGCGUAUGCGCGCUGCACGAGCUGGUCAAUCUGCAAGAAAGAGCAACCAGUAUUGA